GCCAAAGCUUGUAUUCAUGCUCUUUCACUGUCUUGUCAUGAACUUCCACUCUCGAUCACGAAAUAUUUACCUGAGAUUUUGAGGGGAUUGAUGAGGAUUGUAUCAUCGGCAUUUGCAUCGGUUCAUAUUUUAGAAUUACUUGGAUUCUUAGGACAGAUGCCAACGUUGUAUGCCAACUUAACAGAAGAAGAAUUCAAAAUGAUCUUUGGGAUUGCUUUACAAUAUAUUACGAAUCAUAAUCAACAAACUAAUUCGAAUUUAAGCAUGACAGAUAAUAAUCAAUUGGGAGAUGAUGUUCAAUUAGCCUUUCGUCAAUAUGUUUAUCUUAUGGCAUUUUACGUGAUUUCGCUUUGGUUUGUGUCAUUGAAAUUACCGGAUCGAAGGAAAUAUGUUCGAUUUAUCACUCGGAAAUUGAUUCAAGCUUGUGAAGGUAAAGCAGAAUUAGAUGAACCCACUGAAGUUUGUUUUGAUAUGUUGAAUCGAUAUACAUAUUCGAAUGCGGAACCGAAACCGAGGAAGAAACAUUCGAAAUUCAAUGAAGUGAUUCAUUCUUCAUUGGGUAAACCGAUUCGAACCUCUUCCUGGGUUGUGGGUUCGUCAAUCCUAACGAUCAAAUGUCUUAGUAGACCUGGUUGGACAGAAGUUUGUGUGAGACGACCAAGUGGGAUGGUGAAGAUGAUUUGGGAGUUGGAAAACUUGAAUCCUGAUCAAGAGAUUGAUCAAUCAAAUCCAGAUCUUAAUGAAUCUAUGACUGAUCAAGGUUUGAAAUUUGAAAAAGUUAGAGAAGUUAAACUUGAUUCUAUCUUAAGUCAAUCUAGUGAAAUCACACGUACGACUGGUAUUGAACCUAAUUAUACUAAUCUGGUCGUCGAACCUAGUUUCUUUGCACUGCAAUUAUUACCAUUUAGUGAUUCGUCAUCACUUCAAUCAUCUUCAAGUAACACAUCUCUCGAUUACAAACCGAUGCUGAUUCCAGAUGGUGUACGUUAUCAAAGAUCAAUCGACACCAUAGAUCGUAUACCUGUAGUUGAAUUUCAUAAAUUAGGAGUGAUUUAUGUGGGACCAGGUCAAAAGACAGAAGAAGAGAUUUUAGGAAAUUUAGAAGGAUCGAAAGCUUAUAUUGAUUUUUUAAGUUCGUUAGGAACUUUGAUUAGAUUAAAAGGAUGUGAAGGUUAUAAUACCGGAGGAUUAGAUGUCAGAUCAGAUGAACAUGGAAGAUAUGGAUAUGUUUGGGGUGAUGAUAUUACACAAGUGACCUUUCAUGUGGCCACUCUGAUGCCGAUCGAAACCGAAAGCCACGAAGGAGACAUCAUUAACAGAUCAGAAGGAUUGUUGAAGAAGAAAUCAUUGAUUGGAAAUGAUUAUGUGGUGAUUGUGUUUAAUGAAUCAGGAUCAGAGUAUAAGUUUGGAUGUCUUUCAUCAGAAUGUAAUUAUAUUAAUAUUAUCAUUGAACCUAACACGCCUAGAACGAAUUUAACAUCUAAUGAUUUAAAGUUUUAUAAGAUUUCAUUACAACUUAGACCUGGUUUACCAUUUAUUGGACCGAUUGAAAACUUUAAAUUAGUUUCAAGUUCGAUGAUUUCAGAAUUUAUUAGAAGGAUUUCCAUUAAUGCCAAUACGUUUGUUCAAGUUUAUUUAGGUACAGUUGGAACUGGUAAUCGGAAAUUAGAGUAUGUUUCUCAUUGGAGAGGUAGGUUAAGAGAAAUUAAAAGGUUAAAAGAAAGAGUUUUGAAGUUUGAAGUAGAGAAGAAGAUUAAAGAAGAAAAUGAAAUGAGAGACAGAAGAGGUGAGAAUUUGGGUCAUCAUGCUGGUAAUGGAGUAGGGGGAAAUGAUGGUGAAUUUGAUGUAGAUGGAUUAGUUGAUUUAAGAGAUUUUAGUUCAUGGACUGGAUAG